AUGUGCAGCAGCAGCAGCAGCAGCAACGGCAUGAGAAGAAGAAGCAGCAGCACCAGCAGCAGCAACACCAGCAACACCAUCAGCAGCAGCAACAGCAGCAACAGCAGCAGCAGCACCAACAGCAGCAACACCAACAGCAGCAACAUCAACAGCAACAGCAGCACCAGCCUCAGGCUCAGCAGCAGCAGCCUCAGCAGCAGCAGCAGCAGCAGCAGCAGCAGCAGCAGCACACCGUUUAACGCGCUGCCUGCAACACCAGAAGAUGCUUAUAUGCAAGUGGGGGGUUCAGCAGCAGCAGCAGCAGCAGCAGCAAAUGAGGUGUAUAUACAGCCCAAAGGGCCCAGCACAAGUGCUGUUCUAAAACGAAAGCUGCAGCAGCAGCUGCAGCUGCUGCUGCAGCAGCAGCAGCAGCACCAGCAGUACGUACCGCCUGCUGCACUCCUUCCAGCUGCCACACCCGCAGCAGCAGCAGCAGCAGCUGCUGCUGCAACAGCAGCAGCAGCAGCAACAACAACAACAGAGUUAGAAUGCCGAUGGAUGUUUUGCUUCGCGCAGCAGCAGCAGCUGCUGCGCGAUUUGCUGCUGUAUGUUUUGAUGUAUGCAUUUCCUGAAGAAACCCAAGCUGCUGCUGCUGCUGCUGCUGCUGCCCCGCUGCUGCAGCAGCAGCUGCAUCUGCUGCAGCAGAAGCUACAGAAGCAGCAGCAGCAGCGACAGCAGCAGAAGGCUGCAAGCAGCAUACCUAUUUAUAUUGAUGUUUUACUGCUGCUGGAGCAGCAGCCUUUCUUAGCGCAGCAGCUGCUGCUGCUGCCGCAGCAAACGCUGCAGCUGCUGCAUAAGAAGGUGCUGCCCGCUCUCUCCAUGCAGCUGCUGCUGCUGCUGCAGCAGCAACAACAGCAGCAGCUGUUGCAGCAGCAACAGCAGCAGCUGCAGCAGCUGCAGCAGGAAAUGCAGCAACAGCAACUGCAUGUGCUGCAGCAGCAACAGCAACUGCAGCAACGGAAGCAACAGCAGCAGCAGCAGCAGCAAGAACUGCAGCAACUGCAUCUGCUGCAGCAGCAAUCACUUCUUGCUGCUCCUCCUCUCUGUGCUCGCCUCAUACAUGCAGACUUUGUCGCAACAAACAACACCACGUAA